ACCUCGGAGAUUAUGUUUGUGUCCAUCUGCACCUGUGAGUUCUUCAUGAAGGUCUAUGUGGACCCCAUCCACUACUGGAAGGAUGGCUACAACCUACUGGAUGUGAUCAUUCUCAUCAUUAUCUUCAUCCCCUAUUCCCUCCGUGAGAUCCAGGGAAACUACUACCCCUACCUCAACAUUGCUGAUGGCAUCCAGUCCCUGCGAGUCCUCAAGCUUAUCACCUAUAGCCGGGGCAUCCGGACACUCAUCACUGCCCUGGGUCAGACAGUCUACACCGUGGCCUCUGUGCUCAUCCUGUUCUUCGUUCUGAUGUACAUCUUUGCUAUCUUGGGCUUCUGCCUGUUUGGAGUUCCAGAGAAGGGUGACCAGGAUAACUGGGGGAACCUGGCUGUGGCUUUCUUCACCCUCUUCAGCUUGGCCACGGUCGAUGGCUGGACAGACCUGCAGGAGCAGUUGGACAACCGGAAUUUGGUUCUGAGCCGGGCAUUCACCAUCAUCUUCAUCUUGCUUGCCUCCUUCAUCUUCCUCAACAUGUUCGUGGGCGUGAUGAUCAUGCACACUGAGGACUCCAUCAAAAAGUUUGAGAGAGAUCUGAUGCUGGAGAGGCACAUGACACUUAUGGAGGAGAAGCAGGUGAUUCUGAGGCGGCAGCAGGAGGACGUCAGCAGGCUGAUGCAGACACGGAAAAGUGUUGACUAUAAAAGUUUCAGUGAGCUGGUGGGGAACUUCAAGAAGACCCUGAGGCACACUGACCCCAUGGUCUUAGAUGACUUUGGUACUAGCAUGCCCUUCAUCGACGUCUACUUGUCCACUUUGGACAACCAGGACACUACUAUCUACAGGCUUCAAGAAUUGUACUAUGAGAUUGUGCACGUGCUGGGCCUGAUGCUUGAAGACUUGCCCCAGAAGAAGCAGUCCUGGUCCUUGGAAAACAUUGAUGAGAAGUAGUGGAGUAUGGGGGUGCCCAGGCACUGGGGACCUUGCAGGUUGUGACAAGCCCCCAUUAAACACAGGCUUUCUGAGUUG